GUUCUCUGUAACGAGGCGCCUGAAGUUCACAGGACGGGCCGCUUGGACGGACACCCGGCAGGGCAGCGCUGCUGCUGCUGCUGCUGCUGCUGCUUGGGGUGGUGGAGUUCAUAAAAAAUAGCACUGAGCGUAUUGAUUGUCCAGCUUAAAAGGCCUAUUUUUGAGAUGUUGCUGUGUCAAAGCAGUGAGACAUAGUCACUACUAACAGCUAAGUACAUACAGCAGCCUGUUGUUGUUUUGUCAGUUGUAUUGUGCUGAUAGGAAGGGAAGUAAUGGAUUGUUAAUUUUUUAAGGCCUCAUCUGUUCUCAAAACAAUGUCUUAGAAAAAACGCUUUAUUUCCUGGCUGAGGACAUGGCUUGCUGUUGAAUUUGUCGAGGAAUGGCAGUGGGUUUUGUAAUGUCUGCCUGUGACUUGCUGGGGUUAUCUUCAAAUGUGUUUGCUUAGAGGUGAAUACAAAUGGAGAGGUGGGGAGAACAAAGAGGCACCUCUGCAUUUUAUGGUUGUGGGGAACUUGUGCUGUUCAGAAAAGGGGAAAUUGCCUUGUUUGACAGCAUUUCUGUAGGGUUAGUUGUCCUAAGUGGUUCCAGGCAGAUCCUGUAAGCCUUGCAAGCAGAGAAAGCUUGCUGAAUCUGCGGCAGUUCUGUAUGGGAGAGGUGCAUAGGCUUGAACUUUGGCCCACAGGAGCUAGAGGAAGCUAGAUAACCCUUUGGAUCACUUACUGUAGUGGUCUUGCAGUGUCAAGACAACUAGAGUUAUCAUAAAGGCUGGGGGGGGGGAAGCAUUUAAUGUCCUGUCCAGAUGUGCUGGCUCUUGCUUGUUUUAUGAAUCAGGUUAUUACAUAAAUGAAAGAGUUAGUAAAGCAGCAUAUUUUAUAGAGCCAAGUGUAUGCCAGGUGCUUUGCAGAUCAGAAGAAAAGAUCUCUACCUUGGAGAGCUUACAAUCCAUAACGAGAUGUUGAUCAAACCUGCCUUUGGACAGCUUGCUAGCCUGUGAGCCUGCUCAGGUGGUAAGAUCUGGGACAAAUUUUUGCAGAGAAUACAAGGAAUGGGCCAGAAGCUAAUUAACCCAGCAAUAUAGUGCAGCUUGUUCUCAUUGUGUGCUUGGGGUUAGGUUUUUCCUUUGACAUUUUACUCUUUCGGUGUUUCUACGGUUGUAGUGAGAUCUUUGACACUGAUGUUAAUAUAACAUCUGACAUUAACUGCUUGAGCUGGAUGCUUAAGCAGUUGCUGCCUAAACAAAUAGAGGUUAUUUUUCAACCAGAUAAUUUUCCUGGUCUGAUUUACCAUGUGACCAUAAAAACAAAUGUGCAAGAACAGAACAGGGAGUUGAUGUUGGGGGAGCCAAAGUGGGAAGGGAGAUGGAGGAAAAGGAAGCAAUUGCAGGAGCUGGUAGUCCUGUGGAAAAGUUGUUUUUGAAACUGCACCCGAGCACUGCAGAAGAAGAGGUUAGAAAUGCCAUUAUUGAGUUCUAGUUUGUUGUAGAAGCGCACAGUUUAGGGUGAGAACUCUCAGUGCAGUUGUUCAAAGGCAAAUCAGAUUUCACCUUUGGUUGCCUAACAGGAGAAUCUAAUUUUCAUUUAUUUAUUUAUUUAGUGCUGGCUGUGAUAGCCAGAAUGAGUUACAGCCAAGCAAAUCUGAGCUUGAACAGCGUACUACUUGGUUCUUGUCAGCUUGUCCUCGAGUGAACAAAACUGAUCUGUGCUUUUAAAACGCAGGCUAUGCUGAGAGGUGCGUGCAGAGAAGACUUGUGUAACUAGUUGCACUCUUCUCACAGGAAGGCAACAGACUGAGCAGAGCAAGGUGUUGAACUGGGUUAAGCUGUGCACUGUAUUCACAAGUUCUCCGUUUCUGAUGUCAGGUGGUACUUGGAGCAAAAGGGAGACAAGGGCCUGAUUUCCAUUUUCAGCUGCAAGCUGAAGGGAUUUUUCUUCAGAGGCCAUGGAGCUUUCGGCCAAUGAGCUCAGCAUUUAUGACAAGCUAUCAGAGACGAUUGAUCUGGUGCGGCAGACGGGCCACCAGUGUGGGAUGUCAGAAAAAGCCAUUGAGAAAUUUGUCAAGCAGCUCUUGGAAAGGAAUGAACCCCAAAGGGGACCUCCACGGUACCCUGUCUUAGUGGCUCUCUACAAGGGCCUGCUCACGCUGGGACUGGUCCUGCUGACUGUUUACUUCGUAAUCCAGCCAUAUAGCCCAUUGCCACCUGAAGCUCCGCUUUCCAGAGCCCAUGCCUGGGGCUCUCUCAUCGGUCACAUCCGGCUGCUCUCUUUGCCUAUUGCCAAGAAGUACAUGCUCGAGAAAUGCCAGGACUGGUGGGCAGCAGGUUGCAAACAGAACAGUUCUACACUUCCUGCAAACUGCACAGUCUGUUCUGCUGUGAAGAGCCUUCAGAUAGUGACAGACUUUGGAGAAAUAUCAGAAAAGCUCCAGAGGUCUCAGCCUUUUCUAAUCAAGACAGGGCAGUAUCUUUCUUAUGAAGAGCUAAAGCAUUUUCAGUCCCAGGAUCCAGAACUGGCAGAGGUUAUAAUAGAAGAAAAUUCAGCUGAACUGUGGAGCUGCCUUCCAAAACAGAGCUUUCCAUUUUUCUUUCCCUGGAACAAAUCUCUGAAUAAAACUCGGAUUCUGCAGGAAUUUUUCCCUGCUUCCUCUUUGCUGUCCUUCCCAAAGUCAGUGUCCCUGGAGAGCUGCUUCCUCAUCCGCCAUCCGGAUUUGGGGAAUAAGAGCUAUAGUUUGCACAGCCUGUUUGCUGUUGGAAGUGGACAGCUCACCCUGACUGUUGUGCCUCUGGACAAGUGUAGAGGACACUGCAAGAUGUUCAAGGUGGAGCUGGAAGCUGGAGAUUUUGGUUACGCCAGCGCAGAUUACUGGACGAUGAGCUUCACUGCCAAAGGGACAGAACCUGUGGUCAUUUGUGAUGGAGCUGCUAGCUAAGGACAGUGGGGAGGGAAAAUGGAGCUGCUUCCAGGACAAGAAGACUUUCAGCUUUGAAGCCAAAGCAACAUCUUGAAAGCGAUAGAGCUGGGGCAAUGGGACAGGCAGCAAUGCCACCCUGCGUGUUUACAGUGUUUAAAAAAACGACUGUUUUCCUGACCUUUGAGGUAACUCUUUGCCUUUCCUCAGAUGUAUUUUGGGAGAAGCUCGAGCUGCUUAUGUCCUUCCCUGUCCCUCAGGUAAGCUCUGGGUUUGCAGCUAAUAAUUUUUCCAGGAGCAGCAGAGGGAUUUCUCAGGAUGAAAUUCACUUUGUGUCCUUUGUGGAUUAUGGCACUUCUGAAACUUUUGUGGAGAGUUGGAGGUACAGAGGGUGUGUGACACUUCUGUGUACCUUCCUCCUGGAGAGGAGGCUUUAAGCCUGUCUAUCAGGCCAGCUCUAUAAAGGGAAUGAAUCAGUGAUGUGUCCCAGCUCUGCCCCAUCUCUCCGUUGCAUACAUAGCUAUGUGCCUCAACAGUGUGCCCCACGAAGCCAGUCUCAGCUCCAUUCUCCCGAGCUGGGGUGAGUCUUACAGCUUAGGGACGGAUAUCCUCACCCUCUGCAUCAUUCUUUUACCAAAUGAAUUUGAUCAGGCCUCUUUGUGUCUUGUGAUCACUCUUCUGUGGUACUCUAUCAGCAGGCUGUAGGUGAGUCAAAUAGUAACUGUGCUUUCUCCCCCCUUUCCUUUCCCACAAAAAUACUGAUGCAAGUUUCAGUGGUCAUGGUGCUGAGAGUACGGUGGUUUCAGAUGGAGACAGGACCAGAUGGUUCUCUCUUGUGGAGAGAAGCUCUCCACAAGUUUCAUUUUCUGACUGUGCACCUAAGGCACCAGCGCCGCUUGUCCAUUUUCAUAUGUUCCUUGCUGUAAGAGGUGCUGACUGCAUUCCUUGCCCAGGGUACCUGCGGUGGUAGCUGCGGUAGUACCUGAAAGCUUCCUUGUUCCUGUCUCUUUUGCGUUGACUCCUUCCAGACCUGAAACUCUGUCUUCAGAAUGAAUGUUGGUUUUUCCUGAGUCCCUUCCAAGCUGCCUUCACAUGCUUCCUGUUGCUAGAGCAUUGCUUUAUCCAAUGCCCUGAGAGAGGCUCGGUUUCAGUGUUUGCAGGCUGCGGAUGCUUGUGAUCCUUUCCAAGUUUGAUCCUUUGGGUCUGUUAUUGCUGUAGAAGAUCAUUUACAGAUGUGUCAGGCUGAACUCAUAGGCCAGGGCUGGGGUUCAGGACAUACUCUCACACUUGUUAAUAUGGAAUUGGGAGGGGUUUUGUUUGAAAGCAAGUUAAUUCUGUUCUCGGGAGCAAGAACCUUUUCCUUUGUAAAUAUUUUACGUACAUCUAAAAUGACAGAUUGGAAAAAUGUCUCUCCAUCCAUGGGAAAUAUUUUGGGGGUGGGGAAGUUGUUUUUGAGCAAAACCAGAAGAAUGGGUGCAAACUUCUUACAUAUUAAUCUUAGUACCGUCUGGCAAAAGCUGCCAAAAAGGAUGACCAUGUCUGGCUCCUGUGCAAAGAUAAGACAGAGGACAGUUCCUACUCCAAAUAAUUUGGAGGCCUUGACACUGCAAACAUUUCUAUGCAUAACCCUUGUGUUUCUUUUGUUAAUUAAUGAGAACAACCCCAGCUCCUUUGUCAGUCUGUGUGUUUGACCCUUGAAACUGGACAAAUAUGCCCCAGAUUUAAUAGAACCAAAGGGGGAGAGUUUUAACUCUCUCAGAAUAGAAAAGGACUAAUUUGAUUGGUAGCAGAGUAUUAAAGGGAAUUGGAUUAAUCAGAUUUCUGUUAGUGUCGUUAGUGCUUGAGGUACGUUUUACACUUGUGACAGUACAUGCAAUCCUGUACAUGCCAAGACGCACACGCCACCCCUUUCUCUUCUUAAAGCAUGGAUUGGAUCUUAGUUAAUGGAAAGUCGGGAGUUCGGUGAUGGCAAGAUUAGGUCCUAUGUUAGUGACUGUUGCUAUUUACACUUUGGCAGCUUCUCAAGUCGAAUUCAAAGGCCAACAGGGUUACUUCACCUCUUACUGUUUUUGUACCUGAUCCAUUUCUGUAAAGCACUCAGAGAUGCAUGCAGAGAACCUGCCGGACCCGUUAUUAUUGAGAUUGCGAGUGGUUUGGUGAUGCUGUUCCUUCAAAGUGUCCUUGAAUGUAACUUGUAAAAGAGCUGCAGAAGCAAUUCUCAAGCGUCUGUGAAAUGCCUGUAUUUUGUGAGUCGCGCUUAAGCCAUUGUGGCUGUCUCGCUGCUUUGGGAAGAAGCAGAAGAAAUCGAUCUACUUGCAAUUGCUGUUUAGAUUGGGGAGGGGAGGGCUCUAGGGCAAAUUUGUGCCCACUUAUCAAAAGUGCUCUCACAUAUGGCUUUUCCCAUGCUCAAAGUGUUGCAGCUGGUUGGACAGAAGAUGGUGAAUCUGGACUGUUUGCAGAUCAGCUUUCCAAGUGCACUUUAUGGUCUCUGCAUAAGUUUCCAGAUCUGUGUCUAGGCGAUAUGUUGCAUAUGUCCCAACCUUGCUCCCUUUGGAGUUUACAUCAUUUGUUUUUAAACUUCAAGUAUAUUUUCUCUUCCUCUUCCAAAAGCUGUAAGGAAUUAGCUGCUAAACCGAAACAGGAGGGCAAUUCUCCUGCUGAUAAAGAGCUGGUUUUGGCCCUAGCUGCUGUUGAGUGCAGAGCCCCAGUCUGCAGCAGAGCUUCUAGAGCAGCUCGUGUUUUCAGCUGCCAGAGAAGUAGUGCGAAUGCCUUUUGCAUUGCAGUGUGGGCUUUGCAUUUGCGUUUUGCAAUGCAAAAAGAAGCUUUGACAUCAUGGCCAAAUGGCUGCAAGUGAGCCCUUGACCAUCUUGCCUGCUCCCAGCAGGCCUUUAUCUGGGGCUUCAGCUUCACUCAGCCUUUCCAAAGGCUACAGGAGGCUGUUACUCUUCCCUGAAGAGCCAGCCAGCUCCUGGUGAUCCACUGAGGUUUGAACCAAAUUGAGGGAAUGUGGCUAUUUUCUCUGCUAUCGAGGCAUCAUGGUGACAAACAUGAUCAGAUGAGUCACAGACGGUGUGCAUCACAUUAUCUCCCUUGCCUCUAGCUUCACUUUGGCACUUGUGCGUAUCCAAGCAUAUAUAUUGUUUUAGACAAUCCCCCACGCUGGCCAGCUCAAAGAGGUGCCCACUAAAUCUUUGCGUCCUGUCUUUUGAGAUCUAUUGAGUGCUUCAAAGCUCUUUGCCUGUGAGCUGGGAGACAGACCUGAUAUCCCAGAGGCUGCAAAACUGCUCAGAUAUCGCAUGGCGAGGCACAGAAACUGAUGCUGCCUGAGAACCUAGUGGGCAGAAAUGGUGGAUGGGUCAUUUCUCUACUUGUCAAUGUAGAAAGAUGGGCUGUCACCCGUGACCUAGAUAGCAGGGUUAUAGUCUAAAGCUGGUUUCCAAAAGCAGAGGUCAUUGACCGUUGCUCUUGGUGACUCCUGAACUCAGGGUAACUGGAAAGGCAGAGAAAGGAGUAUUAUUUCUUGCUUCACUACUAGGAAAUCAGCAUCCGUUAUGGGGGCUAAGCUUCCAGUUCCUCCUGAUUCCUUUUGUUGCUAUUGCAUACAGAAAUCCCCGCUAAGCAGCUCUGCACAUCGCCGCCUCAAGCUCCCUUUACAGCACCUAGGAGAGCUUUCUAGGAUCGGGUUUCCCUAGAGCCUUGGGCCUUUAUCUUCUCCUGCUAGUCCUCUCGCCGUAAUGGUCUGGCAGAAAAGCUGGUUUUACUGCAAGGGACUGGGUUCGGUCAGAGCACCGCCCAUCUCUCAUGGCUGGCCGCCCUGCUUUCGAGCAGCAAGUUGUGCCCGUCUUUUUGCAAAGUCUUGCUCCCAGCCUGAGAAUGCGCCGCAUGAGAGGAGACGGGAGGGCGGGAGAGCACGUCGGAAGCGAGGCACGCUGCGAUAGUGCCAGCGUCUCUGCGAGGCGAUCCUCCUGCCUUCCCUUUGGUGAGCAGCGCUUAAAUUCUUCCUGCUCACGUCAGUAACUCUACUCCUGGGAGUGAAAGUUGCAGGAUCUGCCAGUCCCGUGCUCGGCAGCCCGGGUUCGUUGGCUCCCAUUUAGCUCAACGGCCCCUAAGGGACCCAACUGAGCUCUUUCUGGGGUCAGGCGGUGACAAGGAGGCCGUUUCGGCAGGCCCUGCAGGGAGCGUAGGGAGAGCUCUUGCUUCCUGGAAACCAAACUUUCUCUUCGUAAAUUUUGUAUUUAGAGCUAUAUAUUCUCCUCUUCAGGAAACUACUUCUUGUAAAGGAUAGAUUUACUGUCCUACUGAGUUAAAUGAGGGAGAUGCUGGUCUUUCCCUUUGCUUUGGUGAUUCGAACAAAUGACAGUCGAUUUAUUUUUAGUGUUAUCUCUUUGUCUACAGGGAGGGGAGGCAUAUUAUAAAGGCUCAGGGGUGCUGGGAAGUAAAGCUAUAUAUGCAUAAAGACUGUUUCAAUUCUGUACACUAUAAAUUCAGUGGUGGAUAAAAGAAGAAUGUAAAUAUGCAAUUAAUGCAGAAUUUUAUGGAUGGUCAUAAUUUAAUAUAUUGCAAACUUUGUAAAUACUUGGGAAAAGCCUGUAAAGUGUGUAAAUAAAUGAGAUUUGUAU